AUGGUCGUCUCGUGGGGAGAAACCGGGGAGAUUAGUUGCGCGAACUACGCCGCUCGAGCGUUAGGGUUACACGCCGGGAUGCGGUUUAACGAGAGCGAUAGAAAAAAGCCGGAGAAUGUUCUCGUGUUGAGUUACUGUUUCGACGCGUACGUCGAAUUCGCGACGAACUUUUACGAGGCGCUGUUCGAGUUGACCGAUCACGUGAUUGGAUCGAGUUGCGAUGAGGCGUAUUUGGACGUCACGAAUGGAUUGAAGCUAGAUGGUGUUAAAGAAGUAGGCAUAGAGAGCGAGAACGCGAGCAUCAGAGGAAAAGCGAUGGCGAAGUUUAUCCAAAAGCACGUCACCGAGAAGUGUAAAUUGAAAUGCUCCGUCGGCUCGGGGCCGAACAAGUUGGUCGCGAAAUGUGCGACGUCAAAGUACGCGAAACCAAACGGCAUGAGCGAUAAUCCUUUUUAUUACGUUUCGGAAGAAAAUGCUCGUGAUUUUAUGGCAAAGUUACCCGUGCAGGACCUCCCGGGGGUGGGACACGUUUUGUUCAGAAAAUUGAGCGAAGAGAAGAUUCGGACGUGCGCAGAUUUGCAAGCGAUUGAAGUGGGAAGCCAGCGAUUUAUGCAACUCGUGGAUGCCGUAGGAGGCGAUGUGGCGACUUAUAACUUAAUCCAAAAAGCCAAGGGAAUAGACGAAACAGAGUGGAUGCCAGAUCCACCGCCGCAAACAACGAGCAUGAAAAUUUCGUGGGGCGUUCGCUUCGAAACCAAGGAAAGAGUUCUGGCAGUUUUAAAAGACAUGUCAAAAGUUGUUUGCGACAGAGCUAAAAUGUUGGGAGAUCGCCGCGCAAAAUCAAUCACAUUUGAAAUCAUGCUCUCGAAAGAUGUAAAAAGCACUAAAAAGAAGGGUUUCUUAGGUCACGGCCCUUGUCACGAAUACUCGAGAUCGCAAAACUUGACCAACGCGACGAACGAUUCAAAAGUUAUCAACGAGAAAGUUCGAGCGAUUUUAAACAAGUUAAACGAGGAAAUUCAUUUGGGCAUCGAGACUAUUCGCGGUUUAUGCGUGAGGUUGCAUUUUGAGAACACUACCGGGUCGCCUGAAAAGAAUCCGAAGAAGCGGGUCGUCGGUUUACGAACGGACUAUCGAGGCCCGGCGCAAGGUUUAAUCGGCCCUCAAUCGAAAGUUCACGUUCCAGAUAAGACGCAACCAAGAGUGAACAGUUUGUUCAUGCAGGUGCAAAAGAAACAGAAAGUAGCGAACGAAACAUAUAGUAAUAAAGUAGAACCAGAUAGACUGGACCACAGGAACAAUAACAACGACAUCAACAAGAUCAAAGAAGACAACGGAGGAGAAAAAGUCAAAAAAACCGCGGUGCCUUUCUUCAUCGAGAAAGAGUUCAAAUCUAUCGAGCAACUCUUCGCGUCGUAUUCGCGCCGACUGGCCAUUGAAAUGCACCGCGUGCGCCAAAACGACGAAUUCAAAGAAAUCACGCGAGGUCAAGAGCAAAUCGUCGCGGGUUUAGCGACCGCAUGCGCCUACUCUUUGGCCGACCACGUCCGCUCCGCCGUCGGAACCAUCCAGAAACACUACGUCUACAAAGAAGACAUCGAAGCGUUCAUCGAGCGAGUAAAAAACUUGACGAAGUGGCACGAGCGGAUGAUAUCACGAGACGACGGCGUGCACUGUUUCGUCUCGGCGUGGAAAACGGCGUGCGACGAAGUCUAUUAA